AUGAGGGGGAGUUUGAUCGGCGAGGUGAAGCUUGAUCGACGCGACGACGAGGUGAAGCUUGAUCGAUGCGACGGCGAGGCAAAACUUGAUCGAUGUGACAGGAAGACGAAACUUGUUCGAUGCGACAGUAAGACAAAGCCUGUUCGAUGCGAUGGCAAGACGAAGCUUGUUCGAUGCGACGACGAAGUGAAUUCAGUGAAGGUGACGCGACAGGGAGGUGAAGCUUGA